UUCAUGACAUGGUCAAUAGUGGAAUUUCCGAUAUAUGAACUGAAAGCCACUGAUUUUUUUCGUACGUGAUUUCUUGGUGUCUUGAAGCUGUCGAAAAAAAAUUUAAGAUGAAGAUCCGGAGUGAAAUAAUCGCAGCAAUAUUUUUCCUAUCGAUUCAAUUAACGGCGGGUAAGGAAGUAGUGAAUCCGGACAUUUUGCCAGGAAGUAUUUCCUCCUGGGGUUGGAAUAUCUGGCAUGAAAUUUCUGGCAAUGAGAAUCCAGUUGGGAGUAAGAAAACUACAGCAGAGAAUCGGCGAAAUUCUUUUUGGAGUAAAAUGUCCGAUAGCCUGCGCAACAUAUCGGCCUAUUUGAAUGAUCUCCAACGAUCGGCUGCUGAUUACAUAGAAAAUUCUGUCAAACUGACAGACAAUACAGCCGCAGAACUCAUGCUGUUGAGCCAACGAAUGGGAAUAAUCGAGUCCAUUUUCGAUGAACUCGCGAUAAGAAUGAAAAAUCAUAAAACCAUCAUUUCAACGGAAAAUGUCUGCCUCUUUGCUAGUGAUCAGUUGUAUACUGACCAGAUAGCAACGAAGAUCGAUGAAGUGAUUGAUCUCGCUGUGCUCAAUGAUCCACCUCUGGUUGAUCUAAUCCUCGAAGAUUUUAAGUCAUCAAAGAGCAGUACUUUUUGCGGCAAGGGACAUUCAGAAUAUGAAACUAUUUUUGGACUAUACUCUAGUAUCUUAGCAGUCCGAAUGAGGGCAUUCGUCAUAGAAUUAUUUUCACAUAAUUUUCUUUUAAAAUUGGACGGAACCGCCAUUCAAUGUGACUAUUCUGAGAACUCUAUCGAGACGAAUAUUGAAGCAGUUCACGGCAAACUUCGACAAGAUCUUCAAAAGCUGAAUCAAGAAUUCAUUGAGAAAAUGAAACACGUGCCCAGAACAUUCCGAACAUGUUUUGACCGAUUCAAUCACACAAAAGGCGAAACCUAUUGGGAAUUGGAUGGCGCCAUUGUCAGUAUUCUCCAACCAAUUUUUAGCUACACUGAUGAAUUAAAAGGUCCCAAUGAAUGCGCUAAGAUAGAUACUCAAUCGAACGGUAGACUGUUCUGUUCCCCCGAAUGGAAAAUGUGUAUAGAUCAUCCAGGAAGAGGUUGCAGAGGUCGAAUCUUCAACUGCAAAGACGUUCAGAAACCCCUGUCAGCAUGUUCCAAUGCGAAUCGUCUCAAAGGCUAUUCAUGGCUUCUUGCUGGCGGCAAGAAUAUUGAUAAAAACCUGGAAAACAACAAAGACUGUGCCGCUGGACAGGUAAUAACGUUAACUGAUGUCCCUCGACGGUGCAUUUGUGACUGUAAUGACAAUGAUGUUGACUCUCCAACUACUCACCUCAUCAAUCUCCGGCCAGUUACAUCUGAUACGGAGGAUAACAUGGUUAUCACUGGUAUUAAAUUCGUAGUCCACUAUGGGAUACUGCAAUUCCAAAUACAGCAGGGUAAAUUGGGGAUGAAUGGACAGGUCACAGAUGUUCAUUGGAAACCCAUUGAUGACAUAAGCGAUGAAGUACGACACGUUAGAUUGGGCAGAGAACCUUACAGAGGUCUCCGUGUUUUCACAGAAAAUCGCGAUUUUCUGAUCAUAAAAAAAGGAACGAAUAAUGCUAUUAAUUUUGAUAAAUUGGUUCUACCUCAUGGAUUACUUUUGACCGGAAUCAAAUUCACUGUGAGGAAGGACGAAGGUCCUCUGCAGCGAAUAGGUAUUUCCCUGUUGGGAACUCGAUUCGACAGAUCCAGUGGACGAUUCCAACAAUCAUGUCCCAUGACUGAUAUUAAUUCUGGAAUUACUCAUACCGAUAAAAUAACGUACGGUGGACCGAAAGUAACGACAGAAUCAUCUGAUCAUUCAGACAAAUAUAUUGAGAUUGACGCUACCAAGUAUGAUGGCUUUACUGGAAUAAGAACAGUCCCAUUCUUCGAUGCAGUACCAGUUGAGUCCCAUCCACCUUCUCCACUGGGUGGAGUGGAACUAUUCCAUAGGAUGAUCGAUGAUCACAGUGGAAUGGUGUCCCUAGGACUGAUAUCACUCGAUUAUGUUAGGUACAUGGAGACUUCAGAAAGUAAUCUCAUCUCCGACGAGCAUUUCCGAAUGGAACAUUUCUACGGGAAGGAUUCCAUGGACAAUUAAUUUCUUCAGAAGGAGCUCUUCACUCACACGAAGAGAUAUCUUGUAUUGAGAUAAAAAAAUAUUGUUUAUACUGAGACAAAAUGCCUUUUCCGUGAGUAUUUACUUGUCGCAAGUAAACGCUAAUGAAUUUUGUUCUUUAUUGAUUACUUCUGUGAUGAAAAAAAAAAUGUGCAAGCAAUAUUUAAUAAAUGACAAGUCAAUCAGUUUAUGGAAAAAAACAUUGAAAAA